UGUAUUUGGUAACAAAAUUAAUAAGUAAUGGGAAACGUAUGGAAUAAUACAUAAGAAAUAUUCUGAUAAUUAUGACUUUACCACCACUAUUUAGCUGCCACUUCCCCACAUACAUAAAAGACUGUUCUAAUCAUGAAAUAGAUGUGUUGUGGUAUCACCCUGAUUUUACGCAAAGCCGUUAUCCACCAGGACAAGAAAUAAGCGAAGCUUGUACGCUGAUAUGUUUGCUUGUGGCCGCACGAAUAUCAAGAGAACAGUUAUUGAUUCACGAUAUAAAGAACUGUCUGAGAUUGAAUAUUAUUGUAGCAGAAGCAAUGAUAGAGGGUAAUGCGACUCAUGCAUGGCUCAUUAAGGAAAGACUUAUAUCACAUCCAUAUUUGAGUACCGAAGAAGCUUUGAAAUAUGGGGGCAAAAGCCUAAAUAUAUUAAAAGAAUGGAAAUUUAAUGUCUUUCAUGAAGAAAUAGGAACAAGCUUAUACAAAAAUAUAAAUACAUUUCUAUAUGAAUGGUAUAAAAUUCCAAAAUCUCAUACUUUAUUUAUGCUGCUCAUCACAUGCGGACGUACUAUAUUAUUCAUAUUUCAAGAAAUUACUUAUAAAAUAACAUUGUUUGAUUCGCACAGUCACAUCAUUGCUAAUAAUUCAAAUCGUGGAUUAGUCAUUGCUCAGACAACUAUUGAUAGAUUGGAAUUGUUAUGCAAUUGGUAUACUCAGGAAGUAUUAAAGAAUUGUUACAAUACACAAGCUAAUAAAUAUGAAUUGGCUCUUUUAUAUUCUUAUAAUGCAGACUGCAGUGGUCACAAUAAUAGGGCUUUAUGCGAAUGUCAACAAUCCUGUAAGAUAUAAUUAUAUAUUUUUAUAACUGAAUACUGAGGUAUUUUAUUACCUUAUUUUAUUGCCAAUA